CUCCCUUAAACUCUUAAACUAUUUCCUUUCUUCUAAACUAGAAAAUAUGAGUUCAAAUAAGGUGAAUAAUUACAACGAUGAACCAUGUGUCGAUGACUAUGUCGAUUGGAGAGACCGACCAUCCAAGCCAAGCAAACAUGGUGGCAUGCGUGCUGCGCUUGCCAUCCUCGGUCUUCAAGCAUUUGAAAUGAUGGCUAUUGCUGCAGUUGGAAACAAUCUCAUAACAUAUGUUUUCAAUGAGAUGCAUUUCCCUUUAUCUAAGUCCGCUAACGUCGUCACCAACUUUGUGGGCACUGUCUUUCUUCUUUCGCUACUCGGUGGCUUCCUUUCUGACUCCUACCUUGGCAGCUAUCGUACCAUGUUGCUUUUCGGCUUUAUUGAGCUCUCUGGUUUUAUACUACUAUCUAUACAAGCCCAUCUGCCUCAAAUGAGACCACCGAAAUGCGAUAUGGUGUUGAGCUUUAGCGAAUGCGAAGAAGCACAUGGGCUAAAGAAGUUCAUAUUCUUCACAGCGGUCUAUCUGGUGGCUCUAGGAAGUGGCUGUUUAAAACCGAACAUAAUCUCUCUUGCAGCUGACCAGUUCAGGAAAAAAGAGUCCAAGAAGCUAUCAACUUACUUCAACUGCGCUUAUUUUGCAUUCUGCAUCGGUGAACUCAUAGCACUAACGGUUCUGGUAUGGGUGCAAACACAUUCAGGGAUGGAUAUCGGGUUUGGUGUUUCGGCUGCGGCCAUGGCUGUUGGAUUAAUAUGCUUACUAUGUGGAACUCCACUCUACAGAAACAAACCUACUUCUGGAAGUAUAUUCACUCCAAUUGCUCAAGUUUUCGUUGCUGCAAUCACGAAGAGAAAGCAAGUCUGCCCUUCCAGCUUAGAGAUGCUUCAUGGAAGCCAAAGUACCAUCGUCUUACACCAUAAUGUCUCCACUCAGUCACCUGGUGGUAGCAGCCUCCUUCAUACCGAUAAGUUCAGGUUCUUGGAUAAAGCAUGCAUUAAGAUUCAAGAUGAUACUCGUAGCAAUGAAAGCCCAUGGAGGUUAUGCACGGUGUCACAAGUUGAGCAAGUGAAGAUACUCCUUUCAGUGGUUCCUAUUUUCGCCUGCACCAUCAUCUUUAACACCAUUUUAGCACAACUCCAAACAUUUUCGGUUCAACAAGGCAGUGCUAUGAACACUAAACUCACCUCAAACUUCCAAAUCCCACCGGCUUCCCUCCAAUCCAUUCCUUAUGUUAUGCUAGUAUUCCUAGUCCCUCUAUACGAGACCGCUUUUGUCCCCAUGUCCCGCAAAAUCACUGGCCGUGAAUCAGGGAUCUCUCCUCUACAACGAGUUGGCGUUGGUCUCUUCAUUGCAACAUUCUCCAUGGUUUCAGCCGCGAUAGUUGAGAACAAACGAAGAACAAUGGCUUUAAGAGAUCCAAAAGACACUAUAUCAAUUUUUUGGAUUGCACCACAGUUUCUUGUGUUUGGGGUUUCGGAGAUGUUCACCGCGGUAGGGUUAAUUGAAUUCUUCUAUAAACAAUCGGUAGAAGGCAUGCAAUCGUUCUUGACCGCAAUGACAUAUUGCUCAUAUUCAUUCGGGUUCUAUUUAAGUUCUCUUUUGGUGUCCCUAGUGAACAAGGUCACCUCUAGAUCCGGCCAUGGCGGAUGGCUUAGCGACAACAACCUCAACAACGACCGACUAGACCUUUUCUAUUGGUUAUUAGCCGGUCUAAGUUUCAUAAACUUUUUCAACUACCUUUUCUGGUCAAGGUGGUAUUGCUACAACCCGUCAUUGGUGGGCCGCCACGCCAGCCCUAGCGAUGUUAAGGAUUCAAAAGUCUCAAUGAACGAUAUCGAAACAGGCUAACAACAUCACCAUGGCUUGAAAAUAACAAGUUUUUAUUAAGUCUAUGCAUUAUGUAUACUACUAGUGAAAGAGAAAAAAAAAAGUUUAGCUAGUGAUUAUUGUGAUAAGUAACCAAUUGAGCACCAAGUGCACCAUUUAGGGGGUUUGACUUUAUUAGUGUUGGAUUGUAUGUCUAUGUUUGACUUUGAAUAUGUAAGGGUCACUGUGAAAGCUUUAGCUUACCAUCAAUAAUGUUAGGUAUAAACCCAUCAACUAUAUGCUUUAGUGAUAUUGUCUCCUAAUUUGCUUUCAUUACCUUUGUACAUGUUAUAAUAUAUUUUUAAUUUUGGGUGGAACCAA